AUGUCGGCACGGAUCUCCACGCGGUCGGGGAGCGGCAGGGCUGCCGCUAGGCAAGAGGGGCUGGGCCGAGCGGCAACAACCUUCACGUACGAGGAGACCUCUAGGACGAUCAGCAGAGAGUCCGACGGCACGCGACUUGACCCGCAGCGUGUCUCGUACUGUAGCGAGGUGCAGGUCGUCACGCGAGCGCGAUCGACAGACACCCGUGACGCUCCCGGCGAGACCUAAGUGGCCACUGUCCGCGGACCGGGGUAUGGACAGAAGGGCGAGCAGCAGCGGCAGCGCGACGAGGCCGUAGGCGAACAACAACAGCUGUGAAUGACGAUUGAUGAUCUGGACUGGUGAGGGUUCGCGAGCGUUGUCGCCAGCACCUCGGCGAGGCACGGAUCGACGUGAGCAAUAUCCCGGUCCGCGACAUUCAUCAACGACAACUCCACAGCUUUCGCGUCGAAGUGGUUUGAUCCCGCCAUCAGCUGUAUAUCCACCCACUUCGCCCCACCAGCCGUCAUGCCGGACUUCCUGCCGGCGGUCACCAUCGAGCGGACAGAGACGUCUCGCUUUAUCGGCAGGGGCGGGAAUCUGCGCGGCAGUGUACUGUCGCCCGUUAUGUGGCGAGCACCAGCACCUAUCGCCGUCAAAGAGCCAUCCCGUGGGUCUACGGCGGAACACGGAAGCGCGAGCUCGGGUACCAAAGGGGGCGGAGGUGGAGGCGGAGGCGGGGGUGAUCUCCGGAGACAGGGAUAAUAGUCACACCGCCUGAUGUGUCAACGGGGGAGGGGGCGAGGGGGCGCGGGAGUGAGGCGCACUCCGCAGGAGCGGACGGUACGACGCCCAAGUCUGCCGAUUUCCUUACCCAUGGAAUCGGCGAACAGGGGCGCGGGUCUACGUAGAUUGGGGUUGAGGGAGGCUACGCCGGGCAGCAGAGAGAGAACGAGGUCAACGGGAACGCCCGACGGCGCACCCAGACAAGCUUGGGCCGUUAUCGAUAAAUAUAGACGAGGUGACCGGACCGCAGUCAGGCGUGAGAGCAAACAGCGGUGCAGUUGCUCUUCUGGUGUAGUUGUUGUCGUUAUAGACGAGGUGACCGGACCGCAGUCAGGCGUGAGAGCAAACAGCGGUGCAGUUGCUCUUCUGGUGUAGUUGUUGUCGCGUCAUGCACCGUUCAUCUGACUCCGUACCGUUUGCUUCGUAAGGCUUUGCUGGAGCAGUUUGGGCUCUGAAGUUCAGCACGGCUCCUGUGCGGCUAGGGGUAUGAUCGCCAACCGGGGGUUCAAGUUGGAUUCCUUUUGGCAGAUCGGAGGAGCGACGUUGAUAGGUGCAGGCGGAGACCCUGCAGAACGUGAAACUCAGAGAGUAGAACGAGCUGUGCAAUUCAAAAUAUCGCAGAAGACUCGCUACGGAUAUCGUGGAACUCACGGAUGGCAGCAGCAACGAGUCAGCCGGGAGAAGAAACUGUACGGGGUACAAUGUCAGUCGACUUCUACCGUAGAUAUCCAGAAAUUGACCUCGAUGUGGGUGUUGCAGAUUGGCGCGUACCAUUUGGGGGCUUGGUAAGU